AUGUUUGAACUUUUAGCGGAUUCAGUUGUAUUCAAAAAAGCUGCUACUGCUUAUGAUUACGCCGCUCCUUCUUAUCCAAAUUGGAUUGCAACAUUAUCUUGGGAAAUGAAAGGUGGUGACAUUGUUGCUGGGGACACAUUUGAUUUGACGCUACCAUGUGUUUUUAAGUUCACGGCCACCCAGGAUUAUGUUGAUUUAAAAGUUCAGGAUACGGUUUACGCUAGAUGUUAUUUUCAACCAGGAGACAUCGUUGUAUCAUAUUCGAGGUUAGAAUGUGAGGUAGCUAAUGCGAUAAGACCUGAAACUGAUGCCAGUGGUAAAAUUAACUUCCCGUUUACGUUCAACCUGGGUCGUUCUCAUCUCGAGACUGAUUUAAGGUGUGCUUCUUUCUUCCAUAUUGGUAACAAUGUUAUCCUGUUUCUUGAUGGUAGUAACCAACUUCAAACAACUGCAAGCUUUGAGGGAGAUAACAAGUCCGAGCCUGAGAAGAUUCUAUACUCAAAUAGAGUUAUACCUUCUUUAAACAAACAACAACAUUCCGUUGCAGCUGGUAAGUGUUCCGAGGGCCACACUUCCGGAAAAAUAGGAUUCAAGGUCUUAAGUGAGGAUGUCACGAUUGACUGUGACAGUCAAGGCAAAGGCUUGGCUAAAGAUUUCAACGAUUGGUAUUUCCCAAUGGAUUCACUGGAACUCUCUACCACCUCUUUGGUAUGCAAUGGAGCUACCUAUGAAGUUAGCUUUGAAAAUAUUCCACUGGGAUAUACUCCAUUUUUAUCUGUCCUAAUGAAAGUUAAGUUUGGUACGUCUGUUAGCGUUUACUACACCAGUGAAUUUAAAUGUCGGGGUUCAAAACAGGCACAGAACUACCUGCGACAAAUUAACUGGAGUCCUUAUUCAAAUGAUACUCCAGGAGGAAAUGGUCAAGACGUAAUUGUCACUACCACAACGUACUAUGGCUCUACAACUCUUGUAACAACGUUACCAUACAGUGAGGGAGUAGGUUUUAAGACUAUUGUUGUCAAAGUGCCAAUUCCAACUGUGACAACAACGACUACUUGGGAAAAGACGUAUACAAGUGUGUCGACUGUCUCGGCUACGCCAGGUGAAACAGCCACUGAGAUUUAUCAAGUUCCUGAUCCAAAUGCCACCAUUCCAAAUCCAUCAACAAAGCCAUCAACCGCACCGGAAGAUGAAACUACCAACCCAUGGGAUGAACCAACCUCAACCGAAACCAAUGAGUCUGAUGACGAACCAAUUUCGUCGGAUCCAACCCCAUCUGAUACGAACGAAGAGGAAACUACUACAGCAUGGAACGAAGAAACCUCAACCGAAACCAAUGAGUCUGAUGACGAACCAAUUUCGUCGGAUCCAACCCCAUCUGAUACGAACGAAGAGGAAACUACUACAGCAUGGAACGAAGAAACCUCAACCGAAACCAAUGAGUCUGAUGACGAUCCAAUUUCGUCGGAUCCAACCCCAUCUGAUAUGAACCUGGAGGUAUCAACCGAUCCGGAAGAUGAAACUACUACAGCAUGGAACGAAGAAACCUCAACCGAAACCAAUGAGUCUGAUGACGAUCCAAUUUCGUCGGAUCCAACCCCAUCUGAUAUGAACCUGGAGGAAUCAACUGAUCCAGAGGCUCAACCCACCACAACAUUGGAUGACAAUACAUCAUCCGACCCGCAAGAUGAAACUACCAACGCAAGGGAUGAAGAGACAUCAAUCGAAACCAACGCUGUUUCUGCCUCUGAGGAUACUACUCCAAACGGAACACCAUCUGAAACCACCCUGGAACAAUCUUCGGAAUCAAGCGCUGAUAUUACAUCAGGUGAUGAGCAAUCUAGUUCUCUGUCUGUAUCAUCUACAUCUGAUUGGGAGGGACCUUCACCCACCGGUGAUGAAGGGGAGUCUGAAAGUGAGAAACAAUCGACAAUGGAGACCGACAAAUCAUCAACUUUGUUGUCAUCUGAAGAAGUGCAACCCCCAGAGAAGGAAACAUCGACAACAUGGGAAUCAAGUCAGAAAGCUUCUGCGUCCGAAUCGGCAAGCGAAUCUACUUCGAAAACAGAAGAAAAUCCACAAACAAAACACUCGCUGACUCUACCAGGACCAGAAUCAGGUGCAAGUUCAAAGAUUGUACAAACCACCUCUCUUGAACCAACUGGACCCGAAUGGGAAUCCAUCGACAAAACGAAAACAACCAAGACAGGUAGUGCAGGCUCUACUGGACAACAAAGUCCAUCUCCAACAACUGUCAUUACUCCUGAUAGUGGUAGCAAUGUUCCAUCUGACAUGCACCAAUCAAGCAUCUCCGUUCUGCACGGGGAUCAAGGUUCCAAAGGAUCUUCUAAUGCUCCUUCGACUGAAGGGCGUAUAUCGCUUUCCACUACAACAACGUUAUAUGCUAGUUUUAUUGAAGCAACUCCAGGUGCUUCUGAGCAAGGACCUGAAUCAAUUCCGAUAUAUGAUGGAUCGGCAUCUACUGUUGUCCUUAACUUGUGUCUUUUAUUUAUUUGUUUGAUUGUUUGA